AUGGCUUUGAAGCAUGUAAUAAAGCUGUCUACAAUCAGUGGUUUUAUUAAUGAUAAUAAAAUAAUAAAAAGAGGUGAAAAUGCCUUGGAAUCUGGUCACGUGAAGAAAAUGGAAUACGACCGUGAUUUCAAAAUUAUUAGGGGCGAAGUUUUGGCCAGUAUGAAAAACAAAAGCUACAAGGUAUCUAUAGAGUUGGACAACAAUGGUGACAUUUCAUCAGCCACUUGUGCUUGUCCGAGAGGCAUUAAAUGCCAUCACAUCGUGGCAUUGGCACUUUUCGGACGUUAUAAUAUAUCUGUGACAGAUAAAGCUUGUUCUUGGAAUGCGCCACCAAAACCAAAGGUUGGGCCAUUACCUCAAUCUGCUGAGGAGCUUAAUCCAAACGAAGGAAAGGCUAAACUGCUUUGGGCAUACUGUUGGAUACACUUGGUUUGUGAAAAAAGGGGCAAUAUAUUCUCGAACAAAUAUUUCCCUGCAAUCCAGGACAUUAUUUCGUCUGAUUAUUUUCUGGAGGCCACAGAUAAAAUAUCAACAUUAAAAGAAAGGUGUGCCAUUGAUGACCAGUUAAUAAAGGACAUCGCUGCCUCCACUACUGGUCAGGUGUCCAAUGAAAAUUGGUACAUAGCCAGAAAAUUUAGAUUGACCAGUAGCAACUUUGGUGCUGUUAUUUCAGCUGGCUUAAAAAACAAAUUUCCAUCGAGUUUGUUUAAGACACUUUUAGGUGAAUACAAUUUGGAUGGCAUUAAAGCUAUCCAGUGGGGCAGAACUCACGAAAAAGAUGCUGUAGACUGUUUGAAACAGGACUACCAAUUAAAUAUCCGCCCCACUGGAAUAUGGCUUUCAAGGUCGGGACUUCUAGGAGCUAGUCCUGAUGGAUUAAUAGAUGAAGAAGAAGCCACACUAGAGAUAAAAUGUCCAUAUUCCUUUAGAAACGAUCAGUUGUCGGAAAAAUUAAGAAACAAUAAUAAAUAUAUUAUAUUUUAUGAUGAUGUCGGGAAUUUAAGGGUAAACAAAAAUCACCAUUAUUACCACCAAAUCCAAGGUGCUUUACACAUUUUAAACAGAAAAAAAUGCUACCUCUGUAUAUUUACGUUGAAAGAUAACAUUGUAACAGUCAUAGAGUAUGACGAAUCAUGGAAAGAAAAUCUGCAGCUUUUGGAAAAUUUCUAUUUUCAACAUUAUUUUCCAAUGUUAUUAGAUAAUUAAUAAAUACUUUUCAACCCA